CUGCUCAGUCCGUCCUAGAACAGAGAGGGGUAGGUUCAGGAUUUUGGGUUUGGGUGACGCGUUUUAAUCACGUGCCCUUAUUUGAGAGCGCCUGGCGUACAUUUCUUUCCCUUCUCUCCACUCCAUCAGCGCCCAUGUCAGCCGGGCACAUAAUCAGUGUGCCACAAAGCGGUGGAUGCCCCUUAUCGCGGUGACCCGAAGGGUUCACGCCAGUGCACAGGGUUCAUCUGAGGAGAGGUCUCGGCCCCUCCUGUUCCCCCGAGACCUGGAGCAGAGCAAAACCUAAAUGUUAUUCAUUUCUGUAUCAAUAACGGAUUUCCAUUCGCAGACACCGACCCGAAGAAAAGGUUCACAGGGAGUUGUCGCUGCACUCCCUUUUGCAAUGGGAAGUCCUGAUAGCUGAAAAUUUAAAUGAUAACUGGUUCAUCACGGCUGGCUGAUGACACCUCAACUCCACACAAUUCCAGUAUUAGUUUCUGACUCGUCACUCAUCUGCACAAUCCGACACAAUGGCCAGCAAAAGGAAAUCUACGGUUCCCUCCAUGAUUCCAUCCAAAAGCAAGCACAUGCGAGAGGACAUCGUACUGGGAUGCUUACCUGAGCUCCUACCCACAAUACCUGAAGACAGCAUUCUCAGUAUCUCCACAGAUGAGGAUACACAACGAUUCCACGACUUCUCAAAACCAGAGGAGAAGAGUUCAUGUUGGAAAAGGGGAACAUACAGCUGCCCUCUGUGCUGCUUUGAUUCCGGAGACUUGAACCUAUUUCUCAAUCACAUGGACAACUGUCACAUGGACUUUCAUGCUCAACCAAACUUCUACUGUUUGCCUUGCAAGGUUGCAGCGGUGAAGUUUGAAGAUCUUGCUUUACAUAAUGCAAAGUCACAUCCUGAACUCCAUAACGCACACAGGAAAGUAUCGCUAAAAGUUGCCAAAAGAGAUGGGGCAAUUACAGUGGAGCAAAACCUGUUUACGGAAGAGGAUUUCGGCGAAUCCGGGAUAUCCAUUACCAAGACACCCAUAAUGAAAAUGACCAAAGGGGGACACAAAAAAAUUGUCAUCUCCCACACUGUUGAGGUACAAAGAGCUGAGCCCAGAAACGACAAGCUUGCAAUCGUAACCAACGGCACGUCAGUAAUGACCCUACCCCUUACGACAUCACCACAAAUCUUCUGUGGCAUCGGUGCUCCCCCAAUGCAUAAAAUCCCAAACAUACCAGAGAUGCAUAACCGUGGCCCUCUGUGGAACUCCAAUCCUUCAUUCUCAGAAUCAAACAGUGAUCUCCCAAAGGUCAUGAUCCCUCUAAGUAGCAUCCCCACAUACGAUCCUGCCAUGGACUUGAGCAGUUUUCUUAAGACAUCCUUCGGCAAGUUUCCUUACCCAACCAAAGCCGAGCUGUGUUAUUUAACAGUGGUGUCCGGCUUUCCAGAGGAGCAGAUCAAACUCUGGUUCACGGCCCAAAGGCUGAAGCAAGGGAUCAGCUGGUCUCCUGAAGAAAUCGAAGACACACGCAGAAAGAUGUUCAACACUGUAUUCCAAGCUGCACCGAAAACAUCACAAAAUCAGUCCCAUCACCAAAUCUCCCAACACUGUGUUUCUGUGCCACCUGCAUGUUUGAGUUCAAGCUACUUACAACAGAUACCAAAGGGAAGCGUUAUGGGUUGGAAAGGAGGGGUCAUAGUCAGUCAGCCUAACGUGACCCAGGCCACAUCUCUUAAGCAGCAGCAGCCAGUUGUUCAAGCGUCACAUGUAAAUAUCCAUCAUGCUCCCAUCCCUAAGGAAACUGGAAAUGAGUUCACUUUUCAGACAGCUGAGAACUGCAACGUUGCAAACAGAGGGGGUAGCGUUAGCAAUCACGGAUACACUGGAAAAAGUGAGACUGGCUGCAGCACAUAUAGCAAGACUAGUGUUAGCUGCUUGCAUGGUAAAAGCCAAAGCAGCAGUUUUAGUGAGGGCAGCAUAAUGAAUCUGACUAACAUUGUCAGAAAAAUCAACUGUCAUGUAAAUGACAGAAGCGCGAACUGCACCAGCAAAUCUAAUAUCAGUUCUGCUUCCAUUUAUGGGCAACAGAAAGCAUCUAGUAACACUAAAGAAAGCAGCAACAGCAGCACCUUUGCCACCACCAGCAAGUAUAACAAUGGAAGCACUUAUAAAAGCACCAGCCACAGUACUAUUUGCACUAAAAGGGAUGGAAACAUGUUAGAAAACACCAGCAAAAAAAGCAACACUAGUGACACUAGUGUGAUCUGUAGCAGCAACAUACAAACUGAAGGGUUUAUACCGCCCCUGCUCCCCCAGCCUGGAAGUCUCAUCGAUCCAUCCCUUAGAAAAGGCAAGCUAUUGCCCGAGCUACCGGCCACUCUGAAGCAAAGCUUUAUUCAUAACUCAUUCCCAGAACAAAAGCAGGUUCAAGGUCUGCCUGUCCAGAAUCAACCAUACGUUGUACGUACUUUGAUAGACACCCAGUCUGCUUUGGCGGGAUCGUUUAGUAAUGUUUUCCUCCAACUCCCUACAACAAGUUCACUCAUUCAGGAGGAACUUAAUCAACACUCCUCUCCAUCCGUUUCUGCUCCCCAAGAGCAAACUUCUCCAAAAACCCUUCUGGGAGCACCUCAGGUCCAAUCCCCUUACAAGGUACACGAUCCCAAGCACUUACCUGCCUUAGACAAAGACGCUAAGCUAUCGGCUUUCGAUGCAGAAAGGUUGCACUCGAACAGAAACGUAACACAAAAAGAAAGUGAAGAACUGACAAAAACGUUUUAUACAGCUGAUGAGCACAGCAAGCUAUUUAGCGCACUACAUACGUUCCCGAACAUGAACACUAACAAGAAACAAGAAAUGCCGCAUAUACAACAAUACAUGCAAGACGCGGACCAAUGGGAAUGCAGCAGCUCAUGUCUCGAAGAGUCAAACAGGAGCCCUGUGAAGAUAAAUGUUAUAGCAUUGAACAAAGAAGAGAGGUUGUACAAGACCAACAACAGCAAGCAGCUAAAGAGCAAGCCGUCGGAGAGCUGGGUCAACGAUGGUGGUCCUAGCCAUAAAAAUGAAGCUUCAGAAUGGCAGGUUGUGGAAGAACGUGUAUCUGAUAUUAGUUACACCCAAACACAUCAACCAGACAGCAAGGCUAACUUUCUGGAGUUUGAAACAGUCAAACUAAGUGCUCUAUCGGAGCGAAAAAGUAUUUUUCAGAGUCUGGACUCUGAAGCUCCUGCGCUGCCAAGAAAUAAGAAGUCAAAGGAAACUUUGGAGGCGUUAGACAAAUCAAGUGCAGGAGAACAAGAUUACUGGGAGAUAAAGCACGAGGAGCGUCAACAACCAAUGGCCAACCAGAGUUUAAGGGGGCAUCAAGCUCAAGACAGCCAAUCGAGAGACUGCCUCAGAGGAGAGCUUCUGAAAGUUUAAGGAUCUCACUCCUCAAGAGCAAGAGGCCGAGGAUCCCAUACUCAUCCUGAACAUUACAUUUCUUGUUUUCUUUAACUAUGACAGCAGAUGAGAUUGUAACGUUUGUGAUGGUAAUGGACUCCAGAGAGUAGGCGCUUCAUAUGUGGGUCCGAUUCGAUUUACGGACAAGGAAAUUCUAUGUAGGCAACUACAAUAUAUAUGCUUGAAACUGCACUAUCGAGGGUGUACUGGAUGUUAGGAAUGUCAGUUAGAUAUUGUGAUGCUUCUUACUAUUUCAAAUAAUCAGCACUUCUGCAAUGCCUUGGGUUUACCAUAUACGUUGGAGCGUUCCAACCAACUUAACCGUCAUUAUGUCCAGAUCAAAUACAUUCUUUACAGCUUAUUUUUCCACAAAGCAUCUAGCAGUUAGCGACAAUUCAUGCACUAUAACUUGCUUUAGUGGUGUCUGUCUGCACACACAACCAAUCGGCCAGACAUUGCCUUAAACAUCACCUUCCUAUUUCUAUGACUGGCUGCACAAACAAGCUUUUCAGCAACCGUGUUGAUGUGUGUAUAAAAUGGGGAUGAAGAAUCCCAACAUGAACUGCUGCUAUAUCUUUGGAGGUGUUUUUUAUAAGCAUAACCAGACUAUUAUAUGUGAAAGCUUAAAAAAAAAGAAAUGUUAAUUUAUGAUGGAGAAAGUAUAAAACUGUGUGCUUACAAGAGGAUUACGUUCUCAUAGACAGUUGGAACAUAUGCUCUGCUAACUGGGUAUUCCCUGUGCUUAUAGAUGACGUUGGGCUACUUAUAUAUAUAUAUAUAUACACACACACACACACACACGUGUAUAUAUAUAUAUAUAUAUAUAGUAUAUACUGUAUAUAUAUAUAUAUAUAUAUAUACACACACAUAUACAUUAUGCAUCAUUUAUAUGCUGCUAAGUUCAGACCAUCCAAAGUGAGUAACAGGUGCUUUUCAUCCCUUAUUAUUUGCAUUUGUAUUCAAUGUGGUUUCUCUUUGAAAGUUAACACAAAGAUCAUAUCUGAACUUACAGUAUUACCUUCCCUUCAAGUACCAUUGUGCAGGUCUGUCUAAAGAACACAGUGCACUGGAGUGUUAUCCUUUCUACACAUUAAAACUCUUUUGGUAUAAAUAGAGGAUGUCAAAUUUGAGUUUUGCAUUUCACAGCAGUUUAAUUUCACACACUUAAAAGCAAAAUAUAUAGAUCAGACUGAAACAAGGCAGGUAUAGCAAAUUCAGUUAACAGGGAAAUGCGUGUCCUAACAUGUCGAUUGCAGCUUGGCUUUGUGAGAAAACGCACAUCACACAUCAUCAAAUGAUUAACAAACAACCCCUGAAAAGGCAGUCACAAAGCCCAUUUUAAGUAUCAGUCCUUUAAAGAGAAAGGAAGUCAUCUCGAGGGAAUAAAUGAUUAGAAUACUUGCUUGAACACUAGAGUCACAGAGAGGUCUCGAGUGCACUUUUCAAAAGGAAUGAAACCUUGCCUUGCCUACAGCUUGGCUAAUACAUCAUACAGCCCUUUCUUCCAAGACAAACAGACUGGGUCUUUUUUUAAAUGCUUCCCCUCCGAGUUCUUCCUCAGGCCUGUUCUCAAAGCACGAUUUGGUUCUGAUUUCACACGGUUCUGAGAAGACGGCAAGUUCUUCAACCCUUUA